AUGGGGAACAGCCGGCCCGGAGGGGCGCCUCCGACAACCAGUGGGAACGUGGCGAGGAGCAACGCGGAGGCCGCGACGGAAGCUCCCCGCUUGCGGCCACACGGAGGGCCAGGCGCGCCGGGUCCGGGGAGCCCAGGUCGGAGCACACCCCUUCCUGGUGGUCGGGAGAGGGGUUCCACGGGGGCAAAUGUGAUGACACCGUCUUGUGACAGGCAGCAGAACAGAGCGGUGGAGGAAGCGCCGCUCGGAGCGUCGAGCGCGGUUAAGAAGAGCAGUGUGCCCAAUUCUCUGUCAAGGGGUUCAGACAUAAACUCUGGCUCUAGGAUGGAUGCAGAGGAGCAAGUGAUGGGUGAGCAAGCGAGCAACGGGGACGCUGGCUCUUCCUCGAAGAAGCGGAAAAAAAGAAUGGAUGCAAGAAGCUACAUCAAGAGAUUCAAGACUGGCGUAAGAGUGGGUGCCUCAGAUAUAGUUGUUGCUUCCCCUGACAGGAUGGGCAAGGAGAAUACUGCAAGUGGGCAUGUGGCAGACAGCAACACUGCUAUCCUGUGUGAAGGUAGCAGGUUGAUUGAAAAAAGCAAGGGACAUUCAAGCCAUGCUGCCUUCAAAGUUUCUAACAGUCCUAUUUCUGGUUUACAUGAAACUUCAGACACAAGAGUUGACCAAUGUUCUACACCAUUGUCAGAGGUACAGCCACAUAAACCUACCGACGUGCAAAAUAUAGCGGUUGAAAGCAGUCUUCCAGCAAAGGCUAGAGAUCCACGCACUGGCCUUGCAAGGCAAAGCUUUCCAUCACCAUCAUCAUUGCAAAGUGUACCAAUACCUAUUCCUCAUGAAGAGAUUAAGAGCACAGUUGGAGAUGGUGAACCUAUUACUGUUCCAAAAGAAAAUUCAGCUUCAGGACAUCUCAAGGUGACCCAAUCUGAUGGAACAGAUGGUAACUCCAACAUAUGUGCUGCUUGUGGUCGUGGAACCCCAGGAACUUUUAGGUCUUGUGGUGGAAAAGGUUGCAAAAGUAGGUACCAUAUGUCUUGUCUGGAUCAAUAUUUGUCCCUUGGGAAUUGGUUCUGUACCAGCUGUACAAAAAAGAGGUUGCAGUUUGGCUUACAUUAUAUUGUUGAUGGGAUAGAGUCUGUGUGGAAUGUCAAGGAGGCUGAGGGAAUGCAAACUAGCAAGCAGUAUUUUGUCAAGUAUAAAAAUCUGGCACAUGUCCAUAACCGUUGGAUUCCAGAAGGUGAUAUUAAGGUCAUGCCUGGAGGUCCUGAUCUUCUUUCCUUGUUUAACAAGAGGAAUCAUACUGAAAAGACAAUUUGGAAGGAGGAAUGGACUAAGCCACAUCGCCUGUUGAGGAAGAGGCUACUUGUGCCCCCCAAAUUGGCUGAUGAUUUCUUCUGCGCUGAUGAUUUCUUUUGCUCAACUGGUGUCAAUUAUACAUAUUGUACUCUUGAAUGGUUAGUGAAAUGGAGGGGUCUUGGCUAUGAUCAUGCAACAUGGGAACUAGAGACUUCAUCCUGUUUAUGUACGCCGGAAGCUGACGAACUUAAAAAGAACUACGAGAACCGCCGUGAAGCUGCAAAACAAUCAUCUGUUCCCCAAAAAACAAAGGUUAAGCAAAGCUCAUUCCAGAAACUUGAGAGAUUGCCAGAUGGGUGCCAUCCUGAUUUUGACAAUGAUCACUUGUGUUCAAUCAAUCACCUUCGAGAGUACUGGCACAAAUCUCAUGGUGCUGUUCUUAUCGAUGAGAAGGAGUAUGUAAUGAAGACCGUGUUAUUCACAAUGUCUGUAUUACCUGACAUCAGCCAACCUUUUCUAAUUGUCACAACCCCUGGUUCUCUGUCCUUAUGGGAGGUUCAGUUCAAUAAGUUGGCACCAUUUAUCAAUGUUGUUGUGUAUGACGGGGGGAAAGAUGAGCUGAAAUUAAUUCGAGAUUUGGAAUUCUAUGAGAGUGGAAGCCGCAGUAUGUUACAGGUUCUCUUAUCCCAUCCUGAUGCUAUCCUAGAGGAUAUUGAACCUAUAGCACACAUUGGUUGGGAAGCAGUCAUAGUUGAUUGUUAUGAAAAGUCAGCUCUACAAUAUCUCGAACAACUGAAGGAAAUUCCCACUGACUUCAGAAUGUUGCUUGUGAGCUCCCAAAUUAAGGAUAAUCUUCCCGAGCACGUGAAACUUCUAGCAUUCCUUAAUUCUGGAGAGCAAGAAAAUGGCGAUCGCGUUGAUACUGCUGAGACCCUUAUGAUGCUGGAAGGAAACUUCAAAAGUCAUAUUGCAUAUGAGCGUCAAGCAGAUUCUUUAAAAAUAUUGGAGCACUGGGUUCCUGCUUACAUUUCACAACUGCAGCUGCAGAUAUAUUGUUCCAUACUGCUUUCAAACUCAUCUGUCCUCCAGUUGCAGAUGAAAAGUGAUAAAGCUCUUUAUGACAUUAUUAUGUCUCUCUCAAAGUGCUGUGAUGACCCUUACCUUGUUGAUGAAUCCCUGCGACCUCCUGUCAACAAUCAUGAUCACACUGAUCCUAUAGUUACGAGAGUGCAAGCAUGUGGCAAGCUACUGCUUCUUCAAAAAAUGCUUGAAGCAAUAAGGAACAAGAGGCUAAGAGUUAUUAUUCUUUUUCAAUCUGGUGUAGCAGGUGGAAGCUCAGUGGGUGAUACAUUGGAAACUGUUGUGCGUCACAAAUUUGGCCCGGAGUCAUAUGAACGUGUUGAAUUUCGUGGAUCAUUCUCAAAGAAAGCAGUGGCACUUAAUAAGUUCAAUGACAAGACUAAGGGGAGAUUUGUUUUUCUGAUUGAAACAAGUGCAUGCCUCCCAAGUAUUGAGCUGUCAUCUGUCGAUGCCAUUAUUAUAUAUAAUAGUGACCGGAACCCACUAAAUGAUCAAAAUGCUCUUGAAAAAAUCAAAAUAGAGGCACAACUUAGGCAUCCAAGUAUUUUUCGCUUAUACACUCCUUUCACAAUGGAGGAGAAGUGGCUUGUGCUUGCAAAACAGGGGAUGCUAAUUGAUAAGGAUAUAACACACAGCAUAAGCCAUUCCUUGAUUAGUUGGGGUGCAUCAUGUCUCUUCUCUAGACUUGAUGAGCUUAAGCAUGACAACUGUGCAAGUAAAAGCUCUGAAAGAGACAACUUUAUGAAUAAAGUAAUUUCAGAGUUCUUGGGAAAAUUAGCCACAAAUAUUGUAGGCAGCACCAAAAUUGCCUGCACAUCCAUAUCGGAAGCCAAUAUGAGCGGGAAAUUUUACUCAAGAAACAUUACUCUAAUUGGUGAAAAAGAGGAAAUGCGUGCAUUGGAUGGAGAUCCAUCUAAUUUCUGGUCAAAUUUACUGGAUGGAAAACCCCCUGGUUGGAGCUAUAUAUCUGAGCCACCACAAUCAAGCCAUAUGAUCGUACAGAACUUGGAAGAACGAGCCAAGGAUCCUGCUGAAGAAGCCAAUCAAAGCAGAAGGAAGCGUAGAAAGGUUGGCGAAAUCACAGGUCCAUCUUCAAAAAGUUCACCUGACAACAAUCAUGAUGAUAUGUUGCCUGAAAACUGUUCUACAUCGAGUCCUGCUCUUCAACCGCUUGAUGACACACAACAAAAAUUAGGGGUUGAAAAGCGAAUGAGCACACCCAAGAAUCUUCACAUCCAACUUAAGAAAGAGCUAUCAAAAUUAAUUACGGCCCUACAGUUGCCGGAUGAUGUAAGAGCUAUGGCUGAACAGUUGUUUGAGUAUUUUUUGAAGAAUCAUCUUGUUGUUACAGAGCCAGUGAGCAUACUGCACGCAAUCAUCAUAUCCUUGUGUUGGCAUGCUGCUUCUGUUCUUAAGUAUAAGAUAAAUUGUGGAGAGUCGAUUGCCCUUGCUGGAAAAAGCUUGAACUGUGAGUGCAAUGAAGAGCUUGCAUCAUUCAUCUAUGGAAGAUUAAGGUUCCCAGAGGAAAAAAAUCCAAAUAGAGCAAUUGAAACUAGCAUCAAUGGUCAACCAGUGUCAGUAGAGGACACCCAAAUCUCAUGGGAGGAGACCUCUACCAACUUGAGAAACAACCACAUGCUCCAAAGUAAGGAAAUGGAUCAUGGUAAUUUGACGAGUACUGGACCACAAGAGGUUUCAUCUAGUGCUGAGCAUAUGAUCCCAGAGGUGCAGGAACCUAUCCAGGACACUCAUGGAGAAUGUCAUGUGUCAAAUGAUGAGCUUCCUAACAUGAUUGUGGAGAAAAGAACAGAGUUAGUUGACAACAAUCAUGACAAUUUCACAAAUGGUGCACCACAAGUGAUCUCAUCUGGUGCUGAGCAGAUGAUCUCAGAAGUGCAGGAACCUGUACAAGAAAUUCACAGAGAAUGUCAUUUGCCAAAUGAUGAGCGUCCUAACAUGACUGUGGAGAAAAGAACAGAGUUAGUUGACAGCAAUCAUGACAAUUUCACAAAUGGUGCACCACAAGUGGUCUCAUCUGGUGCUGAUCACAUGAUCUCAGAGGAGCAGGAACCUGUUCAAGAAACUCACAGAGAAUGUCAUUUGUCAAAGGAUAACCUUCCUAACAUGAUCGUGGAGAAAAGAAUGGAGUUAAUUGACAAUGUUUUCUCCUUGAGAGAAAAGAAUAUCCUUUGUAAACAACAGCUUGAGAUCUCAGGUUUAGACACAUACACACAGAACAACGUUAUCAGACUGAAAGAAGUGUGCAUUUUAGUUCUGAAGCAUAUUCGUAGAAGUCACAUUGAUGAAGUGACCAGGAGUGACAAAAUACAGCUAACUGUUCAGUGGUUCACUAUGCUUAUGUGUGCAUUUUUGGACCACAUGAGGCUCCAGCAUAACAAACUCGAGGCAGUGCAAUUUGAUAGGUGGCUCGUAGAGCGACAUCUGAAGAAGAAUCUCCAGCAGGUAGCAAAAUCAGGCCAAUUAGAUCAAGACUUUGAUCGGCAUAUUGCUCUACCAGAUUCAAACUUUGUUAUGGAAGAAUUCAUCCAUUUUAAGGAGCAGAGUGGUGAGUAUCAUAUUGUUGAAAGUUCUGUGCCAGAUAACCAGCAGCCAUUAGAUGAUGGAUUGUUAAUGGAAAUUGCAUUAGUACGAAAUGAAGUUCUGUCAGGGGCCAUAUCUACACAGGCAAUGGAAAAUGAGCCAGUUGCAACUUCCGUGAACUCAGGUGAAGGACCAGCAUCAGAAGCUGUUGAUUUUCCAGGAAACUGCAUCCUUAGUUCUGAUGGCAUGGGUGUACAAAGAGCUGGUUGUUCAUCAAGUACUAUUCCUGCAAAUGAUGAUUCAGUUGGUCAGGAAUCUUCAAUUGGUGACUGUAGAAAUACUGGACAUGUUGAGGCAGAAAAUAUUGCUAAUCCAGGUAUGUUGCUGGAAGGAGCAGAUUCUCUUGUUAGGGGAUUUAAUGCAAACACCGAUGACACUGUUGAUACAGAUCAAGUCCACUUGGAGUCACCAGUUAGUCCAGCUACCUUACCAGUGUCUACUGAAUUUGAAACUCAGACUUGCCAAUCAAGUAUGCAUGUGGAACAAAGUCCUGAAGUGCAACAGUCAACCUCAAUGCAAGAUCAACCUGCAGAAAAACGAGCAUGUAUCGCGGGUCCCGAGGCAGCAAUGCAGGAUCAGCCAGCAGAGGCAGAGCGAGCAGGUACCUUGGGUGCCAUAUCAGCUCAGGUUUUGCCGCUUGAAAUGCAAUCAUCAUCAACCUCAAUGCGGGGCGUUCCCUUUGUGUCUGGUCUGCAGAGUCCGUCUGUCCAUCAAAGUGUAGUACCUUCACUGGAUCCACAUGCAGGAGUAGAGUUAUCCGGCACUGUGACACCUCAUGCUAUACAACCACCAGCCUCAAUGCCUGUGGAACAGAGUACCAGUCUGCCUGCCCAACAAAGCUUAGCAACAUUGCGUCAUCCACCAGCAGAAGCAGAACCAGCAGGUAUUCUGGCCACAGAGGUAGCUUGCGAUUUGCAGCCUGAAGCCCGACUGUCAACCUCAAUGCAGGAUCAACCUGCAGAAGAAGGAGCAUGUAUCUUGGGCGCCACUGCUGCUCGAGGUUCGCAGCCUGAAGUGCAACCAUCAACCUCAUUGGAUUCACAUGGCAGAGGAGAAUCAACAGAUACGUUGGGUGUGGUGACAGCUCCUGAUAUGCAAUCGGAAAUACAACCAUCAGCCUUGAUGCAGGAUCAACCUGUGGCAGCAGAAGGAGCAUGUGUUCUAGGCACGACAGUAGCCCAGGAUUUGCAGCCUGAACUGCAAACAGCAACCACAGUUCAGCAUGACCCACUUGAAAGAACACGCUCUGAAGAAAGGAGACAAGCUGGUUUUGAACCAAACACAGCAGCCAGUCCUGAGCAUGAUCUGCAGUCUGAAAUACAGCCAUCAGCCUCAAUGCGUGAUCGACCUGCAGGAGCAGAAGGAGCAGGUAUGGUAGGCAGUACGGCAGCCCAGGAUUUGCAGCCUGAACGGCAAUUAUCAACCACAGUUCAGCAUAUCCCUACCGGUCCUGAGCAGCCUACCCAAAUCCCUCCAGUCACGCCAUUAGCGUUUAAUAAUCCAAUCAUUAGUGAUGAACCGCUGAGAAAUGAGUUGGAAAAAAUAAUUCAUUGGAGCACUUUGCUUGAUAAAGGCCAUGACGAUAAGAGAUCACAACUUCAGGCAGAGCGCAACCAAGAAAUAGAGAAGAUAAACAGGAAGUAUGACUCGUUACUUCAACAAGAAGAUUCCGCUCAUCGUCUGAAGCGGACUCAGUUGAAUGGUAUCUACCAGAAAGUUUACGUGAGCAAAUCACUAGCUGAGAAUUUCCGACGCCAGUUCACACCAUCUGUUGCAUCUCAUGGGAGAUUGAUGAACCCUGUAAUGGAGCAGCUACCCGAGUCUUCUUCUUCAGCGGCUCGGAUCGCAGCAUCGCCGUCGGUUAUCCCAUCACCAUCCCCCGGAGUGGCAGCGCACAGUUCAGCAGAACCCUCCGUCCGCCCUCCGCCGGUGGCUCUACCAUCCUCAUCACGGACCGUCCAGUCACAGUCAGCCAUGCCUGGCAAUCUCUCUGGAGCAAUAUCAUCGUCAGCCAUGCCUGGCAAUCUCUCUGGAGCAAUAUCAUCGUCAGCCAUGCCUGGCAAUCUCUCUGGAGCAACAUCAUCGUCAGCCAUGCCUGGCAAUCUCUCUGGUGCAAUAUCACCGCCUUUUGUUCCAGCGCCUUCGCUACAUGCAAGCCACGGACCUGCUGGACCACAGCUGCGCCCUGUCCAGCCACAAUCAGUUCCACCCAGCAUUCUCUACAGAACAAUGCCACCUGCUAUUCCGACACCUCGGCCACAGGGCAGCUACGGGCCCGCUGGAGCAGCAGCACAGCAGCUGCGUGCGCCCUCUCCUCAUCUGCAGCACCUCAGGAUGCGCCCGCCAUAUGUCAUCCCCACAGACCACCACCAGCAGCAGCAGCUUCCUACCAUCAUAGGGGUUCCAGCGGGUGGGCAGUUUGCCACGGAGAGCCUAAGGCCGACGUUUCCGUUUCCGCAGCCAGGCGCCGUGCUAGCCUCCAUGACUCCAGCAGGCUCGGCUCACCAGCCAGUGCUGCCGUCAGCGUCAGGCUCAAGCCCGGCUACCCCGUCAUACCUUUUGCCACCUGGCCGGCAUCUAGACCCCGUCUGGACGCCGAACCCCGCUCUCACGUUUGCCCAGGUCCAGCAGCAGGCAUCGUAUCUGAACAUGGCCUUGGGCGGCAGCAGCAGCAGCACCUCAGCAGGUCCGGCGGCGCCAGGAAGCCAGCAGCACGCCGGCGGCGCUCAGCUACCUGUCGUCCUCAACCAUCCAGGCCUGGAACCGUCACCGCCGCCGAACAGCAACCCGUACAUGCCGGCCAGGUUCGGCGUGGAGCCUGACAGCGUCGGCCCCAGCAACGCAGCAGGGCCCAGCGCGGAGGUGGUGUGCCUGUCCGACGACGAAUCCUAG